GACAUACACCUGCCGAAAUUCAUUUGGAAUUCACUUUAUUACAGUAAACUUUGUUUGAAUGUGCUAUUGCCGCAUUUGUAAUAUAUUGCGUUACUCCUAUGCUGUGGGACUUGCUAAUAUGAUAACAUAAUCAUCAAUAACGAGGUCUUCGAAGCUUGGAAAUCGUCCCCUUUGCUCUGGUAAAAUGGCCUUUAAAGAGAGCCUGCAGACGAGUGUGAAAGAAAGCCAACUCGAGGAUUUUUCAAACAACGCCAUUGCGAAAUCGUUAAGCAUGAAAAACAGACGCGCGGCGGGCAACUGGCAACAGCUGGUCAGGGCAAUAGAUAUACAAAAGAGUGAAAAAUCGACAGAACUUAAACAUGACCGAAAUAAAUUGCUCGGCAAAAGAGAUGAAAUUGAAACGAGAACUGUGUCUUUGUCGAGCAAGAAGUCGUUGAGUUUUCAGCAAGAGAAACCUGCCCUUCUCAAAGUGUACGACAGCUUGAUGGCUUCGAUAGAGAAGGAGAAGCGAACGAAGUCGGGAAGUGUUAGCGAAAGCAUCACAAGGCAUACACAAAGUUCCGAAAGAAAGAAAGUUGCACGAAAAAAUGUUAGCAUAUCCUUGAAUGAAUUGCAGAAGCGGGGUCCCAAGGCGAGUGUAAAAUCUAAGGAACAAACGGUCGAAAAAGUCCAAAACAUCGGCUUCGAUGAUCGUGGACGAGAACAUACGAGGCCGCAAAGUGCAUUUGAUUAUACCGAAGAAGAAAAAGAUAUAAACCGUAGACUUUACUGUUCUCCAACAGCUCUGCCUAGGAUACAUUUACAGACGUCACAUCGACCGAGGUUUCGUAGUUUUGAUAAGGAUGAGGAGGAGUAUCGCAGAAAGAUUCUGCAACGAGGAAUCUUGGAAAGAUAUUCAUCAAUGCAGAUAUUUACGUCUCCAGAAACGGUCGCAUACUAUGCAUGAUUUGAGAUCUGGUGGGUAAAAAGUACAACUUGAGGAGAAUAAUUUAUAAAUGCGAGCAAAGGAGCAAUUUGCUACUUGAAACUAAAUCUGGUUUCAACGCAUUUUUUAAUCCACAAUGUUUACCCAUGACUGCAUGAGAUGUUCUCAUUGACAUUAUAAUUUUCCAGUAACAUCAUUAAAAUCAGGUUUUUGUGCAGGUCCAUCGCGAAGAAGUUUAAGCAGGGUGUGUGUGUGUAUUGUACUAUUUGCCGACAAAACUCAACAUUUGGCAACCAUCGUUAUACGUUUUCCGAAAUAUGUGUCGACGAGGGGGGAGGGGGAGGGGAGUGAAAUUUUUUUAGACGAUAGAUGUAGAAAUCGCCGAGAAAUUCUUCAUUUUGCGUAAACUUGUUUUCAAGAUGGUGUCACACCCCCAACACCCGCGAUGGCCCUGUUUUUGUGCAAUAAUCUUCAACUUCAGUAGCGCAGUAAUUGACACUGUUUACUUUGGGCUUUUGUAUUCUUUUUUAUGUCUUGCAUGAUUCGAUCUCUCGAGGCCGUAUUUUAGGACAAUUAUUACUUGAUAUAUAAAACAACAUAUAAAGAGUUUGAAUUUUUCACUAAAGUUACAGAACUACCGUUGCUAUGACUAGGGUUGGGCGAUAUUAAAAAAAUCAUCUCACGAUUAUUGUCAAGAAAAUUAUCACGAUAUUCGAUAAUAUCGCGAUAAAUGCAAUAAAAACAAUGACCACAUUUUUUCAAUUUUAAUAUCAAAGCAUAGUAGCUUAUAUAUAAUCUUAUUAAAAACAAGUAAAAC